AUGGAACCCCAAUAUGAAAGUAAUAGAAAUCACGAUGGUCCAAGUUUUCAUGAUUUGUUAAAACUCAAGGUCCAAAUUCACCACUUUGAUCACUUAAGUCACAUACAAUGUGAAACAUUCAACCCUCCAACCAUAGUUUUCAAGAAAUUAUUUAGUCAAGAAGGUCAAGAUUACAUUCGAACACAUUUAUCUACGGUUUCCUUUUUAACCUCUAACAUGCUUAAUCAUAUAAUAAGUCAUAUAAUAUAUGAGGUUCAACAACUAUACAAUAUUGAUAUUAUUGAAGAAGAAGAUAAUUUGACACAACCUAACGUGUUUAAUUUGAACUUGGAGAUCGAGAUUCACGAAGAUGAUAUUGAAGAAGAAAUUGGAAUGAUUCCAGCAUCAAAAGACGCUAUCGAGAGAAUAAAAACAACAUGUGAUUUGAAUGUUACAAAAUUGAGAGACAUACUAUGUUGUACUAUAUGUAUGGAUGAGUUUGAGUUUGAUGAUAUUAAUGAAACAUCAAACAUAUGUACAAUGCCUUGUAGUCAUGUGUUUCAUGAACAAUGCAUUGUCAAGUGGUUACAAACUAGCAAUACUUGUCCCUUGUGUCGAUAUUCAAUGCCCUAA